UCCGUGCUGACGCCAUCAUCGCGCGACCAGGGAUCUGCCGGGAAGUCGGCCCGGUCGUGGUCGCCGCGGCAACUGGAGUGGGGAUGGCGGACAGGGGCAGUGCGGCACAGCUGCGGGAAGAUGGAAACGCAAGUUUUAAAUCGGGAGACUAUGAGGCGGCUCUGUCCUGCUACACACAAGCAAUCGAGCUUUCCCCAGAGCCAGCUGAGCUCAGAGUGCUGCACCGUAACAGAGCAGCCUGCUACCUCAAACUGGAACAGUACUCAAAGGCUGAGGCUGAUGCUUCCAAAGUCAUUGAGGUGGAUGGGAAGGAUGUGAAGGCUCUGUUCCGCAGGAGUCAGGCCCUGCAGGAACUGGGAAGACUGGAGCAGGCGUUUGCUGAUAUCCAAAGGUGUGCUGUUCUGGAACCCAAGAACAAAGUCUUCCAGGAGUCGAUGCGGCAAAUUGCAGCAAAGGUCCAGGAGAAGGUCCGACUACAGUCCUCUACUGACUCUCGCGUAGAACAAAUGUUUAACAUCCUCUUGGACCCUGGGGAGAAAGAUUCCGACAAAAAACAGAAGGCUGUCCAGAAUCUGAUUGUUCUUGCUCGCGAAGACGCUGGGGCCGAAAGGAUUUUUCGCAGUGAUGGGGCGCGUCUCCUUCAGAAAAUGCUGGACACGAGGAACGUGGAUAUUAUGCUGGCUUCGCUACGCACACUAGUUGGACUGUGCUCGGGUCACCAAUCUCGGGCAACAAUGAUCUUGCACACAGUAGGAAUGGACAGGCUGUGCCGUGUGAUGGGCAUGGACUACGAGCAGGUUUCCCUGGCGACCUGCAAUGUACUGCAGGGUAUUUUUGAUUCAUUGAAAAGUGGAAUAAAAAGUGAUGUUCGAGGGAAGGAGGAAGCUGUAGUUCUUGAUCCCAUGAAGGAGAUGAAAAUGAUGGUGCAACAGCUAAUAGAGAUGCUAAUUCAGCGUGAUGUCUCUACGCAUGGUCGAGAAAAUUCCAUUAACCUCCUGAUUAAAAACGUCCCACGUAAAUCCUUACGGGACCCAAACAACUCCAUGACAAUUUGGGUCAUCGAUCAGGGAAUGAAGAAGAUUCUGGAAGUGGCCGGGACAGUGUCUGAAGUUCCUGACAGCCUUCCGGUCACUGACAGUGGUCGGAUGAGUACAUCAGUACUGCUGAACAAACUCUACGAUGAUCUCAAAUGUGAUGCAGAGCGAGAAGCCUUUCACAAGCUCUGUGAGGACCAUGUCAGGGGCCGCUUUGAGUCUCCGGGGAUGGAUGGGAAGCUGCAGGCUAUCCAGACAGUCUCCACCCUGCUGCAAGGACCCUCGGAGGUUGGCAACCGUGUGCUGGAAAUGAGUGGUAUAUUGGAAUGCAUGAUAGCCCUGUGCAGCUCAGAGAGGGAGAUCGACCAGCUGAUUGCCGUGGAAGCACUGAUCCACGCAGCGGGCAAGUCAAAGAGGGCUUCUUUCAUCACUGCCAAUGGGGUGACCCUACUGAAGGACAUCUACAAGAAGAAUGAGAGUGAUCAGAUCAAGAUUCGAGCACUGGUGGGUCUGUGCAAGGUGGGGUCGGCAGGAGGAACGGACUGCAGCAUGAAGCAGUUUGCUGAAGGAUCAACCUGCAAGUUAGCAAAACAAUGCCGAAGAUGGCUGUGCAAUGACUCAAUUCAGUCCAGCACGCGGCGCUGGGCGACAGAGGGACUGGCCUAUCUGACCUUUGACGCUGACGUGAAGGAAGAGUUUGUGGCCGAUCAGCCUGCAAUGCAUGCUAUGUUUGAGUUGGCAAAGUCAGAAGAUAAAACCGCCCUUUUUGCAGUUGCUUCCACUCUUGUAAACUGCACCAACAGCUAUGACAAGGAAACGCCUGACCCACAGCUGCUGGAACUCGCUAAGUAUGCCAAGCAGCAUGUCCCGGAGGAGCACCCUAAGGAUAAACCCAAGUAUGUGGGGAAACGGAUUGGGAAACUGCUGAAGGCAGGUGUGGUGUCUGCACUGGUAUGCAUGACUAAGAGGGAGAGUCCAGUCCUGACUGAUUCUUGUAAGGAGAUGAUUGCUCGAGUAUUCCUGGCUUUGGUGGAGGCUCCUGAGGACCGUGGAGUUGUGGUAGCUCAGGGAGGAGGGAAGGCAUUGCUCCCUCUGGCAUCAGAAGGCACCGAGGUUGGUAAAACUAAAGCUGCCCAGGCACUGGCAAAGAUCACAAUCACCUCAAACCCAGAGAUUGCUUUUCCUGGAGAGAGAGUUUAUGAGGUAAUCCGACCUCUGAUCAGCCUCCUGCACCUUGAUCGCACCGGACUGCAGAACUUUGAGUCCCUGAUGGCAUUAACCAAUUUGGCUGGACUGAGUGAGAGGCUGCGUGAGAAGAUAAUUAAGGAAAAAGCAAUUCCAAUGAUUGAGAGCUACAUGUUUGAAGAUCACGAGAUGAUCAGAUUGGCGGCUACGGAGUGCAUGUGUAACAUGGUCUUGAGUGAAAAGGUGCAGGAGCUGUUCCUGGCGGAGGGUUCAGAUCGGCUGAAGCUUUUGGUGCUGUACAGUGGUGAAGAGGAUGAGAAGCUAAGAUGUGCAGCUGCAGGGGCUUUAGCUUUCCUGACAUCACUACAGCCAAAACUCUGCACCAAGAUGACGCAGGUGACGAGCCACUGGUUGGAGAUUCUGCAGGCGCUGGUGCUGAGCCCUAAUGUUGACUUGCAACACCGGGGAGUCGUCAUCACACUCAACCUGAUGAACGCUGAACAGGAGCUCGCCACCCUGCUGAUGGAGUCAGAGAUGAUGGAAAUCCUGUCGGCCCUGGCCAGGGAUGCUGAUGAGAAGAAAUCCAAAGUGCGUGGGGUUGCUAAAGACUGUCUUGACCGAGCAGUAGAGUAUGGACUUAUUAAACCCAGUGUAGAGGGGAAGAGCCCAUAGUGGAGGCAAAUGCAGGACAUUCCAGGGAUAUGUGACCUAUUUCCCAAAUCACUUUGCUAUUCACUAUAAACCAAUGAGCUUUGGUGCCUCACAUUAUGUUUCUGUUGAUAACAGAGUACUGAACAUCAGCCCUUGCAAUUGGGGUACUGAUGCCAGCAACAUUGCUAAGCCUUAAGACACUGUCCACUGCAUCUAUAAGUAAGGUUUUGCAGGACUUUCCUGUAGUGUCACUGGACCACAGUUCGCUCUCCCCAUGGGCACAAUGAGCUUGUUGAGUUCUGGUUUAGGCGUGAUAUUGGGCAGCCUUCUCCCCCUUGUGGCUCACCUCUACACAGUCAGUCAGCCACAGUAUUGAACAUUGCUCUGUCAGCUCCUGUGAAAGACAAAGAGGAAAGCCCAGGGGAAAAUUGGGAGAAAGUUCCUCUUGGAUAAUUGGAACCAGUCCAAGAGAUCUCCUCCUAGUCAAGGAUCUCCAGGUUCCUCCUUAAGGUGGAUCGUCAGCCCCCACCUGCGCCAGUGGGCAUUAUAUUCGAGGUUUCCUCUACAUCAGGAGUUCCCAACUUGGGGUUCACCGAUUCUUUGCUGAAUAGUAGGUGUCCAUUGUAUAAGAAAGGUUGGGAACCCCUGGUCUACAUGAAGAACCAUGUCCAGUUUAGCAUAGUUUUAAUAAUGCAGCUUCAAUACUGAAUGUUUGUUUGUUUACAACCUGCAUUAAUCUGAUUACUAUAUGGCCUGAUUAUAUAUAACCAGGGGAGCUGAGAGCACUCUGGUAACUGACUUUAGCACACAAAAAUCUGAUAAUGAGGAUAAAAAGAUUCACUUAUUAAACAACUUAAUAGAAGACAAUAGACAACCAUACUCAAUGAUUGAAGAUCCUUAGAAGCUUUUAUAAUAUAUGUGGAACAAAUAUAAAACAAUGCCUUCAAGAAAACCAGCAAAAUAUAGGUGAUAACAAAAAUAUUGCCAGAGGGCCCAUGUUGCUAACUUUGGAAUUGUCCAUUGUACUUAAAUUGUACGACGUUUAUGGCACAUUUAAUUUACGGGUAUAUAAAAUAUACCCAAGUAAAAUAAAAUAGUAUGAAAUGGGUAUUUGCUUUUCACCCAUCAGUUUGAAUGGGAAUAUUAAUAAUGUUAAUUGGUUGCAGAGAACUUUGUGCUGGAAAUGUGACAUGAAGAAAAUUUGACUGUUAAGGUUUUUUGAACAAUCCGAUUCAUAGUGCAAGCUAGAGAAAAAUAGUGAGCGGGAGGUGUAGAUUCAGGUUUAAUUGUCAUCCAAACAUACUGUGAAAUGCAGCAUUUGCAUUAACAAUCCGCAUACCCGUGGAUAUGCUGGAAGCAACCCGCAAGUGUUGCCACACAGUCUGAUGCCAACACUAACAGAACUGUAAAGGCAUUUGCUGCUAAGGCUGGCAGGAGUGCCCAUGGAAGCAACCUGAACCUAAUGCCCACUUGAAGCCACUAAUGCAAAAUGAAAUUAUUGUCCACAUGUUAAAUAAAUCUUAUUGCCCAAAUGACUCAUUGCCGUUCUAGGUAGGCACUUGUCCUCCAGAGGCUGAAUGCUUUUACUCAUAUGGAAGUUUAAAAAGGCCCAUUUCAUCUUUCUGGUGGGAAUGAUAUGGGUUGGACUUUAUACAGAAAAGUAUUUUAAAGAUCACAAUGGAUUAAUUACCACCUCCUUCAGAUAAUAAAAGAUCAAAUCUUGAGAUACUGUUUUUGUGUAUGCAUCCUUGAACCUGAUACAGAUAGAUUAUGUGUGUACAGUAUAUAGACAUAUAAAGGUCUAUAUGUAUAUAGGUUAAUGGUUGAGCAAUAUUCAGGGCGUCAGGUUACAUGGAGAAAGAAGGAGAAUGAGAUUGAGAGGGAUAAUAAAUUAGCCAUGAUGGAAUGGUUGAACAGACUUAGUUUUAUGGAGCAGCCACGGGUGUGAACCAUUGAGGAACAUAAUAGCUGGGAAACAGCGACUGCAGAGCAAUGUAAUGGUGUUUAAAAACACGUAGGAUUACUGAAGCAGCGUGACGACCCGAAAUCUCGACCAUCACACUGUGUGUCUGAUCCGCUGAGUUCCUCCAAUAUUUCAGUUGCAGAUUCCACCAUCUGCAGUCUCUCGUGUUUCUGGUUCACUGGUGUCCUUACCUACUACCCUGACUCGGGUCAGUAAGGAAUUGCAUGGAUUGCAAGCAAUGUUCACACUCACUUCUGGAUUAACACGCACAAAAUGCUACAAGAACCCAGCAGGUCAGCAGCAUGGAUGGAGAUGAGAAACAGUCUGACUUUUCUGGCUGAGAUCCUUCAUCAGGACUGCUGCUGAAGGGUCAUUUUUAUAUAUUUAUUUAUAUUAAUAUAAACGUUCCAAUAGCGAAUGAGCUGUCUCAAUUAUUUAAAUGUCCGCCAA